GCCUAGCCAAUCAGCACCGCGGCGCGGUGGCAGGGCGUCAGUUCCGCCUUCCUGUCAGCGGCUAAAGCGGAGGCGCGGAGUUGCAGGUUGUUCAAACAUCUGGAUCUCUUUAGAUCCAGCUUGGUUGGCUGGACCUGCUCUUGGCUGGGAACUAUGAAGAAACAUUUUGCAUAAAGCUUUGACAUGACUGAGGCCAUGGCAUCUUCAACAAACUUAGAUGCUGGGGCCCAGUUAAUUGUAGAAGAAUGUCCCACUAGCUACAGCCUUCCACCCAUGCCGGACAUAAAAGUGGAGAAUCAGCUUGACUCAAGCACAGAGGAAGGCCAAGCUCAGAGUGUCACCAUGGGAAUGAAAUUCAUUUUGCCCAAUAGAUUUGAUAUGAAUGUCUGCUCACGAUUUGUAAAAUCUUUGAAUGAGGAGGACAGUAAAAAUAUUCAAGACCAAGUUAACUCUGACCUUGAAGUGGCAUCUGUCUUAUUUAAAGCUGAAUGCAACAUCCACACUUCUCCUUCCCCUGGUAUCCAAGUAAGACAUGUUUAUACUCCAUCAACUACUAAGCAUUUCUCACCAAUAAAACAGUCAACUACCCUAACUAACAAACACAGGGGAAACGAAGUCUCUACAACACCUCUGCUUGUAAACUCUUUAUCCGUUCAUCAGCUGGCUGCUCAGGGAGAAAUGUUGUAUCUGGCCACACGUAUUGAACAAGAAAAUGUAAUCAAUCAUAAGGAUGAAGAAGGAUUUACCCCUCUGAUGUGGGCUGCAGCUCACGGGCAGAUCGCAGUAGUGGAAUUUCUCCUCCAGAAUGGUGCAGAUCCUCAGAUUUUGGGUAAAGGGCGAGAAAGUGCCCUAUCACUGGCUUGCAGUAAAGGUUACACAGAUAUUGUCAAAAUGCUGCUUGACUGUGGAGUUGAUGUCAAUGAGUAUGACUGGAAUGGAGGCACACCUCUACUAUAUGCAGUACAUGGGAACCAUGUGAAAUGUGUAAAAAUUCUCCUUGAAAGUGGUGCUGAUCCAACUAUUGAAACAGAUGCUGGCUAUAAUUCCAUGGAUUUGGCUGUAGCCUUGGGCUAUCGGAGUGUCCAACAGGUUAUUGAGUCUCAUUUAUUAAGGCUACUUCAAAAUAUCAAGGAAUAAUCGUUGGCUCUUCUGUGGGUGUCUGUUCUUGGCGUGGAGAAUUGCAGUGGUUUUUAGCCCUCUAAUCAGUGAUAAAGGUUGUUUGUUUUGUAAAUUUAUCUCCAUUCAACUGUUUGCUGUCUUUAGUUAAUCUUUUUAAUAUUCUUCCUCUUCUUUCGUUAUUAAUCAUAGAAAUAUGCGAUGUGAUCCUUUUCUUAAAUAUAUUUUAUAUCAUUUUAGAAGAAAAAGUCAGUUGUGCAUGAAAGACUUUGUAAAUAAAUCCAGAUUUGACUAUAAAUGUAUACACUGAGUGCAGUGUGUGGCACUGGGCCACGUGUCUGUCUUCACAUUGUUGUCCACAAUUGCAUUAUUGAUAUGUAUUCACGGGAAGAAAUUUGUUUAGAUGCUGAGGUAUGUCACCAUACAAGAUGCAUAUCUUUACUGUAUUAAUACCAAAAUGUGCACCAUGUGUGAUUGUUUUCAAGAUCUCCAGCUAAUACUACUGCUUUUGGCUGUCUCAUUUUUAAGAAGUUGGUAAUAAAUUGAAAGACUUUGGUAAUGGUAAUUUAAUUC